CUGUCCCGCCUGGCCACGAGGACCAAGAAGUCGUCGUACUGGUACCUGCUGGCCCUGACCGCCUCCGACAUCCUCACCCAGGUCUUCAUCAUCUUCGUGGGCUUCAUCCUGCAGACAGCCAUCCUGGCGCGGGCGGUGCCCAGUGCCUUCAUUCACACCGUCAACGUGUUGGAGUUCACGGCCAACCACGCUUCCAUCUGGGUCACCGUCCUGCUGACCGUGGACCGCUACGUGGCCCUCUGCCACCCGCUGCGGUCCCGCGCUGUCUCUCACCCGAGGAACGCGGUGCGGGACGCCGCCCCCCCCCCCGCCCUGGACAGGGUGCUCAAGUGGGUGCACUGCGUCACUGUCUACUUCUUGCCGUGCGGCAUCUUCCUGGCCACUAAUUCCGUCAUCAUCCUCAAGCUGAAGCGGCGAAGGCUCUCAGGGGGCGGCCGGCCCCGCCUGAGCAAGACCAUGGCCCUCCUCCUGGCCGUCACCACCGUCUUCAUCAUCCUCUGGGCUCCCCGGACCAUCGUAAUGAUCUGUCACCUCUACGUGGCCUCGGUCAAGAGGGACUGGCGCGUGCACCUGGCCUUGGACGUCGCCAACAUGGUGGCCAUGCUCAACACC